UUAAUAAUAUAAUAAAAAAUCCUUGGACGCUCCAUUUUACAAGCGAUUACUUUAAUUAUUAGAAAAAAAGAUCAUGCAAUUUCGCUUGUAAUCCAGAGACUAUUCAUCGCGAAUGUCUUCUUGCUUAUUCUUUAUUAAAACUCGCGGUUCUUUACUAUACUCGCAAGAGAAAAAUAUUUAAAAUAUAAUGUAACAUCUGCAAAAAAGUAUAAACAAUUAGGCAUGAGAAUGGUAUAACCAAACAAACUUGUACAUCGAUGCUAUAGGAUCUUAGUGAUCCUUUAUUGCUCUUGUAGUUCAUAUUUUGUCCAUAUCUGUCGCUGAAGUCGCAAGUGUGAUUAAAAGAUGGUAACCAGCUUUAACGUUAGAAUUACAAUGAAAUAUAUCACAUCGAUUGUGAAGUCCAGUGAUAAGUUAUUUUCCAAACAUUCACAGACGUCAUAUGAAUUGCAAAACCUUUUAUGAGAUUCAAAGUUUUGUAAAGAUAUCUGGAUGCUUACAGCUGUUAAUUGUUCAAUACAAUAAUAAAAUUACAAUAAUACAACAAUAAGAUCACGAUCAAUGUAAUUCAAUGGUAUGGCAUUCUAGCUAUAUGUGUACACAUAUCAUGUUCUCCUCCUUUAACCUUGGCAUUCGUUUCUUACAUUUUUUAUCUUUACAUCCGUUUGAAUGUGACGAAAACGUGUAUAGCGCGUGAUAUUUAAGGCGUAUAACAUCUCUGUACAUUACAUAUGCAUUGCUCUAGUGCGCACGCGCGGAAUUAAAGUACGCGCUUGGCAAGCUUUUCUUUAUGCAUGCAACCAAUGAUGACAAUAAUAAUCACUCUUUAGUUGGUAAAUUCUAUCGAGACAUGAGUUGUACGACGUCACGGCGGUGAUUUGAUUAAAAAUAUGUAUUGCACAUUAGCAAGAUGUUUUUGUAGGACAGAUGCAGUGAGAGCUUUGAGUAUGGGUGAAGUGGCUACUGCACUUAGACCCUUUUAUUUCACUGUUCAUCCUGAUCUUUUUGGGCAGUAUCCUACACAAAGAACUGUAAAUGAAAAUUCUUUGAAACAACUAAGCUCAAUUUUAGAAACUCUUCAGCAACAAAGACCUAUAAGACCUACAACAUUGCCAUUUUACUUACGUUCAAAAGAUGAAAAAGAUUUGAAGGCUGGCAAAUUUACAUUAGUUAAAAUAGAACUUAAUGAAAAAGAUUUAAGGAGAACAAUUCGUUCUAUCUUGAAGACAUGCGAUUUACCUACAACAUUUGUAGAUAAAAUAGAGGAGAAACCAUCCAACAUUCAGUCUGAAUCAUCAUUUAAGUCAAGAUAUUGGCAAAGAAGAAAUAAUCCAGGGGAAACGAUAGAUUUUUCUGAAUUAGAAGAUGAUCCUAUUUAUGCUUCGAUCAUUAUGAGAAGAAAAAUGGAUAUUGAACCAGAUACAUUGAAAGCAUAUCUUGAAAAACAUAUAAAUGAAGUACAUGUAAAGUUAGAAGCAUGUAAAUCAGUAAGAGAGGAGGUGAAAAAAUUAGAGAAGGCAUUAUGUUUGGACUUAGGUCUAAAAAAUAUUAUGUGGGAUUGUGGUUGGAAUAUUGCUCAUUAUAGAGGUUGUUUAUUAGCUUUUCAAGCAUUAGCAGAACAUCAUCCAGAACCAAUGGGAAUUUUGAAAGACAGGACACUAAUAUUUGCCAAUGACACUGGAAUAAAUUUAGAAGGAAAUGUGAUGUUAAACUCUGGUGAAGUGAGGAAUAAUUGGCUUGAUCUUAUCAAAAAUGUACAGAAGUAUGAUACUAUAUUGCAAAGAUUGCCAGCUUUUGAAAAGGCGAUAUCCACGGUCCUUCUUGAUAUUAAAGUGGGAAGACGGGUACUCUAUAUGUGCAGGAAAUUCAUGCCUAAAGUAAUGGCUGGUCAGUAUGAACGUCAGCUUCGACAACUUACGACUACACUGUCCGAUUAUCGAGGAAGAAGACAUUACCCGAACGUUUGGCCAACAGAUCUAUCUGCAUAUGAGAUAGUAAUCGAAGCUGAAGCUGGUCCUUUAAUGCUUUCUCCAACUGGACAAUUUAUUGUACCAUCCUCUUGCCCAAGUUUUUUGCUGGUCAGUUUUAUUACAGAAAAUUUAUCAGAAGCUAGCAAGAGAUUGCAUCAUUAUAAUAAUAUAAAACACAUUGAACGAGAACUCCAUCAAAAGGUUAUCAAGGAGUUAGGCUUGAUUAAUCUUAAUAAAGAUGACAGUAUUACACCAGAUUUAAUGAUACAAUGCUGCGAACGAUUGCUCAUGCAUAAAAGACCACUAGCUCCGUUAUUAAACGAUGUAAUGCUUUGGGUAACACAUUAUUACUCUGUUAUGAGCGAUGGUGUAUUAUGUAUACCAUGGGAUUGGAAGCUUUAAUUUAGUGUAAAAAAGGAUAAAGAAUAAUGUCAAUUCAUAUAAAUAUAUUUGUUAAUUGUAUUAAUUGAACUUUAUACUCUAAUCUAUAUCAGAAUUAAUAGAUUAAAAACAUGUACAUAUAUUACAAUUAUUUAAGUGAGAAUGGCUGUGUGAGUGUGUGCCUCUUUUCCUUAGUAAAUACAAAUAUCAAUUGGAUUUUUUCUAUAGUCUUUAUGUAAAAUUAAUAGUACAAUAUCAAGAUGAUAAAGCUUUAUAUUUAAUAA